GAAUCUUCCACAACGAACAAUCUCACGUGCACAGAACUUGUUCCUUUUUGUUGAAUUUCGAUGCCAUUAGCGAAGGGCGUUCGUAAUGGAGAAAAAGAUGUAUACAUUGCGAAUUAUAAAUAGGACUUUCCUAUCAUCAUAGUAUGCUGUAGAUGAGACUGAAGUGCGCAUUAUUGCUAUAAGGGACUAUUUCCCAGUGGUGUUUGUGGUUUCUUUUGCUUACGUUUUCGAAUUUUACAUAUAUUACAUGUAGUAAAUUCAAAAUCUCUAGUGAAUUUUAAGGUUAGUUUGACACCGAAGCAAAUCUAUCCGAAAAUAAGUAUGCAAUUUGCAACGUGUGGCAAUAGUUGCUUACAUACCCGAAUUGCAAGAAACGGCCCGAUUAACGGGGCUGUCAUAAGCAACGAGCCGAUAUCUACAUACAUCGUGCAUAAUCACUUUCCUAAAUUACAAAAGAAAAAAUAGAAGUCUCUGGGGACAAGAAAAUAACAGUGAAAUGUUUGCUUUUGGCCGCCGCCUUCGCUAUAAAAUGGAGUAACUGGCACCUUAUGUAUCACGGAGGUGCUGUCUCAAGCCCUGUUCGCCUGUUUCUGUCUGACGGACUCUCCGAUGUCUCGCAGUGUAGCAAUGGGCCAUAGUGCAAAAGGUGGGUUCGUGUGUGUGUGACUUGCACAGCAGCGUUUUAUAUAUAUAUAUACACGUCACAAUUGUCUUUUUCUACUUGAAUGAAAUCUAUGACCUCCAAAACAUCCCUGGGAUAAUCGACGAAGCGACGGAGAAUAUGUAAUGGUUCAGUCAUCGUCCUACCGAGAGAAUAUUAAUCAAGAACCAUGAAACCAGUAUGUAUACGACCAGAGGGCAUAGAGUCCAAAAGACGAGUUACCUGUUAUGUAUGUGGACAUCCAGGGUGUGCAGAGUAUCCGCUUGCUGUCCGGCAACAAGCAUCAGGGCCAUAUUUCCCAUUUUUAGAGACACACGAGCCUCCUGAUGGAGCAGAGCCCCCAUCCCAAGAUGGCCACGUCCUGUCUUGCUUUUUGUGUUUUUCAUAUCUUACACAGCAGUGGGAAUCCUAUGAGAGAGAGAAAGUCCCACCUGUGAAACGUUUCUAUUGGCUGAAGAGGGUUGACCAGGGACCUUAUACUGGGGUGGAAGGGGGUGUCCAGAGUGAAUAUGUUUCUCAGCUUCUGGGCUUGACUACUGACCCACCGCCAGUCCCAGCAGACCCCAAAAGGCCUCCACAAAGUAGUAGUAGUAGCAGCAUUACUGGUAGUGGUAGAGUCCAUCCUGCAGUACCCAUGGCGUCGGUCACACCAGGAGGUAUCCAUGAAGCCAAACGGGUGAGAAUUUUACCGCCGCAAGCGCAGCCUCCAACUAUGCCUUUACCCCCACCAGGAAUACCCACUCUCCCACUGUUAACAGUACCCCAACCACUUCCUCAGCAAGAGGCCUUAGAUUUAACUAUAGACCGUGGGCGAGGACGGGGCACAAAACGCUCACAGAUUGACUCAUCACCUCAGACAGAAGGUUUGCUAGAUUUGAGCAUGCCAGACAAAAAUGCCACCACUGAAGUAUGUUAUGUAUGUGGUGACCAUCAUAAAAAGGGAACCUUGGUUGACAUUUAUGCUAAGCAGCAGUUAGGAGGUUGUCCUUUUUUUCCAAGCCUGACGAAUCACUCCCGCCCCAGUAAGUCGCAUCCUAUGGAGGCAUCAGGGCGAGUACAAGCUUGCAGGGAGUGCUUCAGUCACUUGCAGCAUCAGUGGGAUACUUAUGAAGCACAUAAGAUUCCACAUAGUGAGAGAAAUUAUUCUCUUCGUAAGAGAAACUCCUCAGCAUCAUUGUCGUCGUCUUCACACGACUCCACUGCUUUUGUUUGUUAUAAAUGUGGAUGUGAAUUUUCUUCUAGUAAAUUGUGUCUCAUCUAUUGUAAACCUAAUUGUGAAAAGGAACCCUAUUACCCUCUUAUUCAGGACCUGGAAGCACCGGAAGGUGCAUCUCCUAUAUCUCCACAGGGUAUGGUGCAGGUAUGCUCUCUCUGUUUCAAAACUAUACCCCAGGAACAAGCAAGACUGCAAGCCAAAUCACUGGAAGCUAAUAGAAGUUCGUCACCAGAGGGAAAGACUGUAAAGGCUGAAACAAUUACCACCUCUGGGAGACAGCAUACUAGCAGUCCAAUGGUAGCUUCUCCCUUGCAGCAUAAUCCCCAGAUAAUAAUGCCGCAUCCAAUCUCUGAGUCCCUGGUAGAAGAAGUAGCUUGUUAUUUGUGUCACCAGACUCAUCACCGACAAAUGAUGCACUGGCUCUCUAUGGUAGCAGACAAAGGGACCUCAAAUGGAAUGUAUUUCCUGUUCCUGAAAUUUUUGCCCAGGAACUCUUCGAAUACUGUUAUUGAGGAUGGGAAAGUUCUGGCUUGCCGACCAUGUUACCAACAUCUGAACACUCAGUGGGAAGAAUACGAAAAGGAGAAUGUACCCACAGAGCAGAGACAGUUUUCACUCAGAUUUAUGCCUGCAACAUCUCACUCGCCUAGGCUGACCCCUGGGUCACCAGACAGGGCAAACACAGCUGACAGCACAUCACCUCAGCCUUUCGCAAACGCCCUGAAGGUCAACGACAUCGUACCCAUGAAAUCAUCGUCUGCGUCUUCUGGUUACUUGGGCCAGCCCAUCCACACUUUGGAAGUAGUUCCAGCUACCCAGGAUCCCAACUUGCCAACCUUACCGGUCAUCACUACCCAGCAUGCUCUGAACAUUGCCAUCAACUGCUUCGUGUGCAGUUUCCACUCGAAGCCCGGUCAGACCUACGCACUCAGGAGCAAGGCCCAGGGGACCGAGCCUUUCUUUCCCUUCCUGGCCAAGCACCAGUCUGCCCACCCGGAGGCACGUGUAGAUGCCAAUUCCGUUCUGGUGUGCCUGUGUUGCUUCCACUCGUUGAUCCUGCAGUGGCAGCAGUACGAGAAGGCGCAAGUGGACCACAAUGCCCGACUCUAUGACACCUACAACUACACUUGCUUCAUCUGCAGCCUCAAAACUUACCGCAAGAGACUCUACCUUCUCCCAGUUAAGGAUUACCCAUUCUUGAAGGAGCACAACCGACCUUCAGGCGGCAUGGUAGUGGACAAUGGACACUCAGUUGUGGUUUGUAAGGAUUGCUACUCUUCAUUGAAGAGUCAGUACUUAGAAUUGGAGAGAUGGGGAGUUCCAGUCGAGAGAAGGCAGUACAACUGGAUUCAGCGCCCCCCGCCGCCAGAAUUUCAACAAGAGUUGCCUGCCUCAGGCUCCAAGCCCAUCUCCCAGGGACUGACCCAGGGAACUACUCUUCCUGUAGUGGUGGCAGGAGCUGGGGCUUCUAGCCCUGGCUUGCAUCCUGGGAUGUCACCUGAGUCUUUGUCUCAGUCUUCAGUGACUGGCAGGGCACCUGCUAGCCCUAGAGCCUCACAAGGCCCUGUGUCCAAACCAUCAAGUGCGCAUGGUAUGGUCAGUAGUGCUCUUCGAUCAUCAGCGGCCAAGCACAGUGAGGAAACUAUUCCUGUGACGUUACCAGAAACUCACACCUUUAAAGGAUUCUCAGGGAAUGGCAUCACCUCUUUAGACCAGUCAGCCAAGGCAAUCUUUCCCAAAAGAAAAUUCCUGACGGUAAUCCCCAGAGAAGGUCGUUCUCCUGACAAAGUUGUAUCUCCCAGUCAUCCUUUGGAGAAAGAAAAAGCAUCCAAAACAGGACAGAAUAACAUCGACUCCCAUGCAGAUAGAUCCAAUAGCCCUCAGAUACAGAAGUCAAGCUGCAGCCCUCAUAUGGUGUCAACCCAUGAGCUACAAGCCAAAUGUUCUUAGGGUAAUAAAUGGUAGAUCAAGUCUUCCCAAGAUAUCUCAGUGGAUGAGUACCCCACACUUGUCACUUCCUCUUAUCAAACACAUUCUUUAUAUUUCUUCUUGGACGCCUUCAGCUAAAUCUAGAGCAUUACAUAGCUUUUUCCUUUUUGACUGAUGAAGUGAAGCUUGUUUACAAGACUAUGGAUUGACAAGUGUGAAGUAUCCAUACAAGAACAGAGAAAGCGCGGACCAAGUAUACCUUCUGUAACAAAACUAUUUCUUGGGUUUUGCUCUAUUGUUUCAGUAAAUGAAUUAAACAACUGAUUGGUGACAUACUUGAUGUAUGUGUCCCUGUUUUGAUAUCUUCUGAUAUUUUCUGAUGAGGAUUGAGAGAUUCUUUGUAAGAUAUAGAUGUUUUCAAAAGAUAGUACUGCAUACUGUACUUCUGAAGAUAUCUGUAAAUGGACUAUAUGUGCAGUAUUUACUCAAUGACCUUAAGGUUACUUUUCAAAUGUAACUACAGUUAUGAAUUUCAAAAUAAGGAAAAUACUGUUUCAUACUUAGCCAUUUUGGCUUUUUGGACAGCAACAACUACUACAUUAGCACAUUUUGAUUUUCUCAGAGAAUUUUCUUUGCAAUUGUACUAUUUUGAUCUACAGUGUGUGAUAUCUAUUUGGAUACCUUACAUAAUGAAAAGAUAUAAUGAACACUAAAAUGCAGGCAUUGCUGUGGUAGAGUUUAUUAUAGUAUUGAGCUACAACCUAGAAUUUUUACAUAUAAGUAUACUCCUGAGAAUGUAUACAUGUAAAUGUAUUCCUGAGAAUGUAUACAUGUAAAUAUAUUCCCAAGCCCAUAAGCAGUGCAUUGUUAGAUUUGUUUUGAAAUGUGGUUCAAGUUGAUAAUUUAUAUUCUAUAUGUAGAGAGAUAUAUUAGUUGUCUCCAUGUUUCUGACAGGAAAUUUAUCCACGGUAUUUCUGAGUAGACAGUGAUUAAAACUGAAAUGUGCUGUAUUAGCUAAGGGUUGGGUGUUUAUUUACUGGAAUUGUGUGUGCAUGCACUGCAUUAUGAAAAAAAGCAUUCUGUAUAGAGCCUAUUACAGUUUUGUAAAUAUUUAUAUUUAGUAUGUACAUACAAUAUGCUCAGUGAUAGUCUGCAUUUUUGUGCUAAUACAUUGACUUCUGUGAAGUUAGCAUGCAUUUUGCAUGUGAAGUUUGCCUACAUUAAGAUUUUAAAUCGUUAGUGAGAUUAAGGGACCUGUAUUCAGUUUCACUACAUUACAGUUUUCAUUGAGCAUCUAUAUCAUUGCUAUUCUCAGCAAUGUAAGGCUCCCAGAAUCCUUAGUACUUACAUUUUACUGUAAAUUACAGUAUUUUAAGGAUACUGAAUAAUUGAGCCUAAAAGCAUGGAGAACUGUAUUGUCCUCAGCCUUUUGGGAUAUUUCCCCCGUAUGAAUAUGAAAAUGGGAUGUUUACUAAGGUGGAUUUGCUGUUUGCAACCAUCUCAGGAACACUUCUUGCAGCAGCAAACAACUAAAAAAGUGGUGGUUUUCGCAAGGUGUUUGUAUUGUGACAACUGUGAAGCUAGCAAUAUAUCCUAGAAUGCCAUAGAAUGGAGGGUAGUAUUAUAGUAACCUCAUGAUUAUGAAGGGAAAAUCCACAUUUACCUUCAAACCGAUUGUGCUUUUGAAGUGAAUUAUUCCAUGUAUUUGCACAUGGUAUAUUUACAUGUAACCACGUUAUUUUGUACUACUUGGAGGUACUAGGAUUAAAAAUCGAGUUCAGUAGGAUAUACAUUUUAUACCAUAUGCUUUUCUUUGCUAAAUAGGAGAAGUACGUACAUUAUAUUAUAAUAAUUUAAAUUGAUAAAAGAAAUUGCUAGAAAUUGUCAAGAAAGGAGGAUGGUUGUUGCAAGAAUGGGUUAUGUUUUAAUAACCUGCCUGUUAACAGUAACGGAAAAUGAUUGAAAUUUUAUGUAGGCAACAUUAUCUGAUUACUUUUAUGUAAUCUGCUGAUUUAAGUUUGUGAAACUUGAAGUGGUUCAGAAGCUUUUUGUGGACUGGCAGUUUUAAGUUCCUUUUCCUUAUAUCCUGAAAGCCCAAAGAUGAUGUUAUAAUACAUUUUAUAGUGGAAUCUCAUUUUCAAUAUUUUUGUAUUGUUACAAUUAUUUGUAAUUGCAGAAAUUACUCCAAAAUUUUUUCUUUCUAUAUAUAGUUAAGGAAAUUUAUCCCUUCACAUUGUUUUGGAUAAAUGCAUCUGGAAACAUAGAGAAAUAUACAGCUCAGCUGUAUAGUAUGUGAUUUAUGUGAAUUAGGAAAUGCUUAUUUAGUCCUACAAUAUUUUGAUUUUGUAUUAGAAGUGUGAAAUUUUUACUUAAUUUGGCAUGAUCAUUUUUUCAAGUUAAACAGUAAUUGGUGUUUCAUACAGACAAAUAUUGCUUCAUUGUUCAAUUACAUAUAAGAAACCUUCAAAAUUUAAAGCACCUUAUCAUGAAGGAUAUGAUGGAAUGGUAAAUAAAUGUAUUUCAGUAAAA